AUGGCUAAGGGAGCAAAGAACGUCCUGCAGACGUGGUGGAGCAAUGUUUCCAAGCCGAACUUUCGGGAGACAUCGGAGGAUGCGCCCGGCCUCCCACUGAGUAACUACACCACACAUGAGCGCCAGACACCGCCGACCGGCCGUCUUCCGGACAAAAGGGUGCCGAGCUCACGUCUGACCGUGCACCAAUUUCUGUACAUUGCGGGAUCGCAUGGCAUCGGUGCCCUGGUCAUAUCGGGCGGCAUCAACUUUGCCCUCGCCUAUGCCAUGUACACCACUACCGACGACCCGAUCAGGCUAUGGCAGUUUCCCAAUACGCUGGCAGGCGACACAGCAGUCACCAUCAUCAUCCAGUGCAUCAUGACCUGGAUGAUCGAGAUGAUCAUUGUGAACCGGGACCUGCGUAAGGGCAACAUCCAGCCCAUUGGGUUCAUCUCGGAGCCCAGCUCGACGCAGCGCUUCAGCCGGUGGAUCCGCUGGUUCAUGCUGCUGGACCAGUCAAAGCAGCAGCGCAAGCGGCGGGGCAGCAUCAAGCGAAAGCUACUGUACGUGUUCGCACAGGUCAUCCGGGCCCUCAUGGUGGCGUUCGUCAGCUUUUGCAUUCUGUUCGGGCCGUCCGUCGGGAUCCUCACUGCUGUCGGGUCCAAGGUGGGCGCCGGUGGCGACUGGGUGUACCCUUCGCGGUGGGCGCCCGAGAUAUUCAAGCUGGUCCUCGGCGGGGUGCUCGCGGUCAUGACGACGCCCUUCUUUGCAAUGUAUUGGAUGGUGAAAUGCGGCUGGAACGGCGGGAUCCAUGAGGCGGUCAUGAUCAAUGGGAACGAGUACAAAUGA